UUUUUUAGCACGAAUAGGGUGGCUGAAGUUUGCUUAGUUAAAGACAUCAAUUGACUUCUGUGAUGACUGUGGAAAUGCUGGUGUAAGGUCUUCAGGAGACAAUGGAGAAAAAAUGGACAUUCUGUGCUGUCUAUUCCAUCAUCCAGAUUCAUUUUGUCAGGGGAGUAUGGGAAGAAAUAGUCAACACAAGAGAAGACGUUUAUGCUCUGCCUGGCUCUGAUGUCGAACUGACCUGCCAUAUUCAGAAGAAAGAUUUCUUGGUGCAGAUGCAGUGGUCCAAGGUCACAGAUAAAGUGGACAUGAUCGCCAUUUAUCAUCCCCAACAUGGCUUCUACUGUGCCCAUGGCAUUCCUUGUGAGUCUCUAGUGGCUUUCACAGAAGCUCCUGGAAAGGUGACAAAUUGGACACUCUUCUUAAGAAAUGUAUCUUCCUCAGUAGGUGGAAAUUAUGAGUGUAGCUUUACCAUGUUUCCAGAGGGCAUUCAGACUAAAACCUACAACCUUCUUGUACAGAGACAUGUUACACAGGAUAAAUGGAGAAGCAAUCAUACAAUAGAAACAGAGAUGAAUCAGACUCUGAAAAUACCAUGCUUUCAAAAUAGCUCUGCAGAAAUUUCAUCUGAAUUCACUGUUGCCUGGUUGGUGGAGGUUAACGGGACUCAGGAAACGCUUGCCUCCCAAAAACACAUCAACAAAUCCGUGAUAUUUAAAGACAGAGUCAAGAUAGACUCACACCAUGGACUCCACCUCUCUCCAGUCCAAAUCCAAGAUGAUGGCCUGAAGUUCUCUUGCUGUGUUAAAGGCAGAUAUGGCGAAAUAUUGAGGAGCUCGACCACAGUCAAGGUUUUUGCUAAGCCAGAAACCCCCAUGAUCAUGGAAAAUAACUCCAUGGGCUUUUUGGGAGAGAGAACAUUUACCUGCUCGCUAAAGAAUGUAUUUCCCAAAGCAAAUCUCACAUGGUUUAUAGAUGAAAGAUCUCUUCAAGAUGGAAAUGAAGGAAUACACAUUACUAAUGAAGAGAGAAAAGGCAAAGGCGGAUUUUUGGAACUGAAGUCUGUUUUAACAAGUGUGCGUGGUAAUCAAUUAGCCCAAUCAAACAACUUAACCAUUUGGUGUGUGGCUCUGUCUCCGGUCCCUGGAAAUAAAGUGUGGACCAUCUCGGAAAAGAUCACCAUUUCCUGGGAUUCUGUGGCUCCCUCAGUAGAUGCUACAUUCAGUGUUACAGAAUCUACCAACAGCAUAUCUCCUACAAUAGGCUAUCCAGCUACAUCUUCAAUGACCCCCAUGGACAUGCCUUCAUCUACCACCUCUCAAACCAGCAAUUCCCACGUGGCUACCCAAGACAUCAGCUACUCCAGGACCUCCAGUGGGAUAGAGGCCGGGAAAUCAAUUUCAUGGACAUCCAGCGAAACAUACAGUUCAUCCUCCUCCAACACAGGCUCAACUCUUCAUGGUGAUGUCUUCACCAGCACAAGCAGAACAUUUUCGGAAGUUCCCACAACUGCCAGGGGAUCUACUAAAAAUAAUCGUAUCUAUAUCACUGGUAUUGAGCUUGGUAGACCUGAAGAUGGGAUAUCCUGGCCGGUGAUCGUUGCAUUUUUGCUCUUUUUCUGUGUGAUAUUGUUUGGUCUUGGAAUAAGAAAAUGGUGUCAAUACCAAAAGGAAAUCAUGGAAAGACCCCCACCUUUCAAGCCACCUCCACCUCCAAUCAAGUACACCUGCAUUCAAGAGCCCAUUGGAAGUGAUCUGCCUUAUCAGGAGAUGGAGACACUCUAGUCCUUUGAGACUUUGUCAUAUAGCGAAAUUCUCCUGGAAUACUAUCGAGAAGGUAGAUGUUAUGCUUUAUGAAUAUAAUUGCCCUCCAGCCAAGCCUCUGCUGCAGAUGGGAUGCAUGUCAGAAUUGAAUAACUUGUUUUCCCAGCAACUCACCCUGUUUCAUCUGCAUAUGCCUGAAAUUCAAACAAGAGUGAGAGGCUGUGUCAUGUCCACAUCCAACACCAUCUGUAAGGAUUUUCUUGCUUUUGUAAAAGGUGCAUAUUAGACUGCUGUCAUUUAAAAAUGCUUGCAGUGUUUUUGUUUACUUCUCAAGUUAAAGGAGCAACCGUAGUUUCAAGCAUAUGCCCACACUUAAUCCUCUUCUUUGAACAUCUUCCAGCAUUCUAAACUAUUUGCCAAAAUUACAAGAAUUUUGGAGUUUUGCUGCACUCCCCAAGAGAAUUAUAAGAAGAAAAAAAUGGGAGACUUCCAGCAUGAGUUACCAAUAAUGAAAAAGUACAGCCUUCCAACAGAAAUUUUGUCAUUUAUUUUCAGUAGAGAAAAACUGAAAGCAUUGGACAAUAGCCACACUCUAAGCCCACUUUCACCCUUCCUUCCAUUGUGUUCAGUACAGUCUCCUGCCUCAUGGACCAAGAUAAGGAGGAGCCAAAGAAAAAACUAGUCAAUAGUCAAGUAGCUUAGAAGAUACAAAGCUUCACUGGCUUCUAAAAUUAUAACAGCUAAAACUUACUUCAUUCUUGGCUUUACCUCUGUGUAUGUAGGUGUGUAUGUUCAUAGUAUGUAUCAAACUAGCAUCAAAUUAUUAUGUAAGCAAGCUGGUGGCCUAACCCCAUUCUAAUCCAUCCAAUUCUCAUGAUUCUGUUGUUCAUCUUGGGACUUCCUGUUCAUCCAGCAUGCCUGUUUUGAUCUGUCUUAAAACAGAUAAAGAGCUUCAAAUGAGACUAACACUGAUGAAUUAACCCUGCUCCUACCAACAUUUUACAAAGCAAAUCAAGCAGAAUAUACAAGUGACAGAGAAUAAACUUAGUCAAACAUUCCCUGUGUCCAGCAACAGUUUGUCAAUGAAUAAGCUACUGAUCCCUCUUGUCUUCCUAUCCCCCACACACAGGAAGAAAGAACAGAAGUUGUGGGCAGGUAUAAUGAUAGGCCAAUUCUGUAUGGAUUUCAGUCUGUAAAGGAAUCCUUGGUUCCUUUUCAGUACACUUACCCCUGACUGCACAUGAGAAGAAGUUUGAGGGUUUGUAUUGCAUUUUUUUUUAAGUAACCAUGGCUGUCGAACUCCCGCUCAAGUUGGUCAGAACCUCAGCAGAGUAAGACACAGACAUAAGCACUCUGAUGUUCAGUCAAAAGUAAGAACUGCUGACCCAGUGGAAGCCCCUACUCAUUGAUUAGAAUCUUGGUCAGGAAUUUACCUCUUUUUGAGGCCAACCUCCAAGACAACUCCCAGUGAUUCUUGUAUUCUGAUAGUCAUACCCACGUGGUUCCUCCAACACUAACCUGUGUAACCCAAGAGUAAUCUUAAGGUAAGCAACCAAGGCACCUGGGAUGCAAAAUUUUUAAAAGCAUUCACACUCAAAAAUCACACACUUACAUAAUCUUGACAGUGUGUGCCGGCCUGCAGCACAAUGAACCGGGUUUCCUGAAACAGAGAGUGGGAAUGUGGGGACAAGGACGCAAAGAAUGGAGCCAAGACAAAUCCUGAUUAAGGCUCGUUUAUUCAACAAGUCCAGUAGUAUUUAAACAUGACCAGUUGUACACAAG